GCCGCGACGCGCGCGCGCCUCUGUUCUCCGCGACCGCCCGCCGGGCCCGCGUCAUGCCCGCAGUGAAAGUCUUCAACAUAUUCGGUGGGCAGAAGCCACAACCGCCCCCCAACCCCGCCAACGCGCCCGUGCAAAAAUUCUACAGGACCUUUUCAGUCGGUCCCGAAACGCCACCCGAACACAAGACCAAAGUGACCGCGAUCGCCGCCUGUUUAGAAAAGAAAAUCAGUGACGAUAACGUGCCUAAGUUGAAAAAUUGUGUAUCUGUGAACGGAAAAACGGACGCUAACGCGCGACAACACGUGUACGAGAAUGUAAACAUUGCGAAUGUGGAGCGCGACGCACUGCUCGACGAGACCAAAGGAUAUUCAUCGAUCUACGAAAAUAUUGUUAUAGUGAAGCCGGCCAACACUAGUGAAGUUUCCGCUGAAUCUAAACUUAACAAAGCGUUGCAGUCUUUCGAUAAAAUAUUAUCGGAAUUUAAUUCCAGUACAUCGCUGACUCCAGAUGUAAACGCGUCUAAAAACAGUUUCAUUGUGCCAAAAUUGCAAAAAUCAAAAACUUGCAGCAUUAUUGAAUCGCGCUGCAUUUUGAAAAAAGCAAAUUCGGACUCGCAAAGUGAUAGUAAGACGCGAAGCAAAGUAGCACGUAAUAACUCUAUAGACAAAACAACCAGUUUGUGGAAUCUCGACGACAUGAAAGGAAAGGAACUUACAUCCCCGCUAAUGCCUUUGGCACCUUCGGCUGGUGAAAAUAUGAAUUCAGAUAAGUAUGCCACAUAUAAAAUCUCGUCUAAAAACCCGUCGCGGCUGAACUGCAUUAAGAACGAAGAUUUAAAAAAACUGGAUGUUAAAACGAGAAUAUUAAAAAAGACUUUAUCUAAUCCACCGUCAACGCCCGUUCCGGUUAUAUCCAAAACGAAACCGGUGACGAAAAAACUCGAGAAAAGAGUGAGCGAUCCAAAGAAAACAAAAUCUAAAACAUGUACAGAUAAUGGAUCAUCAAAUACAAAGACAUCUUUAGAAAGUAAAGAGGCGCCCAAAUCACAAAUGCAGAAAGCAAAGAGUGUGUGGGAAAUUGGGAAUGAGGUAAUGAUGUCUCCUAGCUUGGAACGUACGAGGUCCACCACUUCUAUCGCGGGCUCUCCUAGCAAGAUCCCGGUGAUUAGGAGUCACAUGUCGCACAACAAAUUCAGCAGCACCAGAGCUUUAUUUUCUCCCACUCCUGUUGAUCUAAACAAUGUAGACCAGGCUAGAGAGUGUGCUCAGAAAAAGAAACAAACUGCUCUCAAAAAACCUGCUGAAAAGUCCGAGCCAGGCAAACAAAUAAGACAAAAAUCUCAACUCAGUUUAAGGUCAGAAAUAAAGCGCCAAUUGGAAAAAGUUAAGAAAGAGCUGGGUGAUAACAAAAAAAUCCCUUCGCCGAAAGCGCCUAUGAAAGAUUACACGGAAGAACUAAACGCAGUUCGCGCAAAAAUACAGCAGAGAAAAAUAAACAAAAGAGAUAUAGUCAUAGCAGCGUCGGAAACCAAAAGAAAUGGAAACGACACAGAUGAGGUCAAUGCGGUACUGACACCUGUCAAGUCAAUCGUAAAAAAAUUAGAACUCAAAACUGCUAUGGAAUCUAAAGCGGAUAGCGCGCAGUUCGUAAGUUGUAAAAUCAUCCCAGCCGUACACAAGGAACUGUGCGUUGCGAAUACAACUUUCCAUAACCACUUGAGCACACUCGUCGGCCGGCAAAUAAAAUAUGUGGAAUCAAGGAACGAUUCGAAAAUAUGCUCCCAAGACAAAAAGCUCGAGUUGCAUAAACAUGCUGAUGAAAAGAUAUCAGAUACGCACUCAGACUGCAGCGACGACUCCGGGCACGUCUCGAACGACGCGGCCAACGACAACGACCCGGCGUUCGACAACGUGCGCGAUCUGAGCCCCGUGCAUAGCUCUAUCGACGAAGUGGAUUGCAAGAUUUUCGACGGCCCCAAAGAGUUUGGGAUAGAUUUAUCUGAGAAUGCGAAGACUGUGUGUCCCGUGCGGCCCGCCAGGCGCAACGGGCGAGCCAACGAGGUCGCUAGCGGUACCCGCGCCACCGACGCUCCGAAAGUGGACGAACAGAUUAUGUUCCGCGGCGGCGUCGUGGGCGGGUUGGACGCGCGUCGCGACGCAGCGCUCGCGCGCGUGCUCGUUCGCUUACAAGCGCGCGCUCGCGGGCUGCUCGCGCGCAGGCGAGCGCAGCGCUUGCGCACGCAGCACACAGCCGCUCGCUGCGUGCAGCGGAACGUGCGAGCGUUCCUCGCCGUUCGCGACUGGCCGUGGUGGCGGCUGCUCGUUCGCGUUACGCCGCUGCUCGCCGUGCAUCGGACCGAGCAUAGGCUUAAGCAAGCUCAGGAGGAAUUGGAGACGUUGCGUGCCAAAUUGGACAAAGUGGAAAACGAGCGAACACAUUACAAGAAUGAGACGGAAAAACUCGAAACAAAGCUCUCUGAGGUGGGGGGUGAGUUGGCUGAGGAGCGAGCGGCGGCUGCGCUUGCGACCGAGCGCGCCGACGCAGAAGCGGCCGAGAGACUGCGCGUCGAGAGGGACAACCGGGACCUCAUCACCAACAACCAGAGGCUGCAGCAGGUACUUAGAGUCCUAGAGCCAGCGGUGGCGGCGCUCGCGACGGAGCGCGCCGACGCAGAGGCGGCCGAGAGUCUGCGCGUCGAGAGGGACAACCGGGACCUCAUCACCAACAACCAGAGGCUGCAGCAGGCAUCCGAGCGGUUGGAGCUGGAACUCCUGCACUGGCGCUCGGCAGAGAGCGGCGGUGCCGAGCCGUCUGACUCCGAGGGCUCCGAGGCCGACGCUAGCGCCAGCGGGGAGAAGUACAAACGAAGAUACGAGAGCGCCCACAGAGAGGUGCAGUUGUUGCGCGCGCAGUUGCGUCGCCAGCACGAGGAUGACUUGGAGCAGCUGGUCUCCGUCAAGAAGCAGCUCGAGAAGAAGGUACAAGAUGCGUACGAGGAGGUGGAGGAACAGAGGGCCGUGGCCGCUCAAUGGAAGCGCAAGUUACAGAAGCUUACCAACGACAUGGCCGACCUGAGGUCUCUCCUCGAUGAGCAGACGUGCCGAAACAACCUCCUCGAGAAGCGGCAGCGCAAAUUCGACGCAGAAUUGCACGGCGCGCAGGAAGAGCUGAAACGCGAGCGCGCGGCCAAGGAGCGCUUGUCCCGCGAGCGCGACCAAGCGCACGCUGACAAAUACGCGCUGGAACAGAGCCUCUCUGAAGCUCGGCUCGAACUCGAGCUAAAGGAAGAGCGGCUGGCGGCGGCUGCUCGUGAAUUAGAGGAGCGUGGAGGCGGCGGGGACGAGGUGGCUGCGCUGCGGCGCGCGCGCACCGACCUCGAGCGCCGCGUGCGCGACCAGGAGGAGGAGCUGGACGACCUCGCCGGCCAGAUACAGCUGCUGGAAAGCUCCAAGCUUCGCCUGGAGAUGCUGUUAGAACAGCAGCGCAAGGAGGCGCGUCUGGAGGCAGCGGCGCGCGAUGAUGAAAUGGAAGAAACGCGCGCCAACGCCGCCAAGAAGCUCAAGAUGCUGGAAAGUCAACUAGAAAGCGAGCAUUCGGAGCGAAGCUUACUACUCCGCGAGCGCCACGAGCUGGAGCGAAGACUUGCUGCUCUAGAAGAAGCUGCCCGCGCCGACAGUCAUGAACAAGCUGCGCUGGUGCAGCGGCUUAAGAGGGACCUGAAGAGAUACCGCGCACUCCUGCGUGAUGCGCAGACAAUGCUAGAACAGAAAGAAAAAGAAGGAGGUGCCAAGGCGCAGAUUAGACAGUUGAAGAACCAGGUGGAAGACCUAGAGCUAGCGGUGCGUGCGGCGACAAAGGCGAAGCAGACGGCCGAAGCAGAAGCGUCGGAAGCGACCGCAGCGCUGGAGGAAGCGACGCGAGCGAAGAACGACGCGGCAGAGCGAGCGCUCACCGCCACACGAGACGCGGCCGCGGCCAGGGCACAGUUGGAUGACGCCGAGGAAGAAGCUGCGGAGCUGCUCAAGAAAUACCGGUCAAGCGCGAACGCUUUAUGCGCUGCCCAAGCGGAGGCCCGUGAGGCCAGCGCGCGAGCAGAGGCCGCUUCAGAGGAGGCCCGUCAGGCCAAGGAGCGCCUCAACGAGUUGACGGCGCGUCUCACCGCUGCCGAAGCGGGCCACACGCUUGGACAGCACGAGGCCGAGCGCCGGCUGGAGAUGAGAAACAAGGAGCUGGAGUCAAGCCUAGAGCUAGAAGCGACAGCGCGCGCGCGCCUGGAGGGGCAGCUGGCGCGCCUGCGCGACGCGCACGAGCAACUCGCGGCCGAGCUGGGCGCGGCGCGCGCGCGCGACCACCACGCCGCCGACGAGCUGCGCAAGCUCACCCGCCAGCUCAGGUACGAAGCUAUGCAGCUGGCGGCCGAGCUGGGCGCGGCGCGCGCGCGCGACCACCACGCCGCCGACGAGCUGCGCAAGCUCACCCGCCAGCUCAGAGAGCUAAAAGAAGAGAACUCGGCCCUCAACGCCAAGCUAAGCGAGGCGGCCCGCGCUAAGGCAGCGGCCGAGGGUGCGGCGGCGGCGGCGGCGGCGGACGCGGCGGCGGCGCGGGACGAGGCGCGCCUCGCUGCCCGGCGCGCCACGGCCUUACAAGAAGCCAUCGCUGGAGACCUGUCCAGCCCUGGCGAUUCUAGGGACACGGAUAGCGACAACGACAGCUACAGCUCCGACGAGUCGAUCGGCACGUUCCUGGCCAACCACAAGCUCAGUCCCUCGGCGCCCUCGCGCAACAGUCUCCACCUUGACUCGCAGAAAUCUCAGAGCCCCGAAGGCCGCGGCUCGCGCGCCAGCGUCAGCUCCGGCUCGAAGCCGAUAAGCCCGAGCAAGGAGUCGUUCGCAUAACAGCCGCCCGCCGCCGCCGGCGCCGAGCCCGGCCCUGGCCCCGGCCUGCUCGCCGGCGCGCUGCCGCUGCUAUGCGCCGUGCUGUGCGCGCGCCCUCGCCCGCACGAACCGCGCCAAAUCCAAGACUGAAUUUUAAAAAACAAAACGUCAGCUGUCACACCGACAGCGCUCUUGGCGGGAAAAACUAGUGACGUGCGAACUACCGCGAGUGAUGUCGAUACGAGUGUUUUGUUUAACCCCACGCGAAGUGUUUUGAUCGCUACGACUGUACACCGAUUAACUUUAACUUUAUUAGACACUCUUUUCAAUAACCAUGUAUACCGAUGGCUCCUAUAUUAGACUGCUCAAUAUACACGUUUAGAAAAUAGAGGCUACGCAAAAUUUUACAUGUUUUUAUACAGCUUUUAUCGACGUUUCGUACGUUUGCUACAAGUUUGAUAUAGACGUUUUAUAGGUAUGGCGCUAGUGUCGGCCAAUAAUAAUGUGAAAAAUGUAUGCAUUCCAAAAUAUUCUCCAUGAUCGUGAACUUUUGGCUCUGCACGUGUUGCGUCCGCGCCGCGACGCAGGCUCGUCCCUACGACACGGGUCACUGGCACCAUUCAUACUAGGCUUCGACGAUAAUUUAUUUAGUUUAGAAAUGUUAGAGAAUUCAUGUCAUGUGUAUGCACUUAAUGUCGCGCUGCGUUCAGUCAGUAUUUAGACGGCCUAGUGGCGGGUAACUUACAAAAUAAUGUUAGGCCCUUUGUUAUUUAGUUAGCUAACUUUUGUAAAUAACUAGAUGGCAUAUACAUUUUAUUAUUUAAUUGUAAUAUUUGUGUGAUCAGACUGUUAUUCUAUGAUUUAUUUGUUACAAGUGAGUUGUUGCUUUAUAGUAGACAUUCAAUACAUAUCUGUUAGGUAAUAGAUUUUUUUAAUUAUUGUCAAAUAUCAUUCGUUAUCGGUUUGUUUUGCCGUAACUAUGAAGUAAUUAGCGAAUCUGUAUUCUCUAUAAAAUAUAUUCCUUGUAAUUAUUCUAACUUGAUUAUCCUUAAAAUCAUAAUAUUUAUUCCUAUAUAAUAAUAUUAUCUGUGUCUGUAACCGCGUAUAAAAUUGACUAUCUUAUUAUGUGUACUGUACGAUAAUGUGAUGAAACGUUACUGAAUUCACUACUGGUUGUAAAAUGAAAUAUUUAAUAAAGUAACAGAAAUA